CUACGCAUGCGCCACUAUCAUCCUGCCAGUACUCUCAUUUAAAACCAAUACGCGGCAGUGUGUCAAUUCUCCGUCAACCAUGGAUGAAGAAAUAACAACUUUAAAGGACCUAUGCUUCCAAACAAUCAAGCUUCAUUUCGACCAAUCGUCAGUUGCUGACAUGGAAGAGCUUCUGACUCUCCCAGCUGGGCUGUUGAAAGAGCUUCUUACUCAACUCAACGUGUGUCAGCUGCACAAGCUUGAUCCGGUCUUCGAGCGCAAGGGAGUGUCGCUGUUGUCCACGUGGGAGCGUCUGUACUGUAAAGUGCAAACCCGCUUAAAGCAAAGGACCUUCCACAACUCUCGAGAGCUAAAAGCGGAAGUGAUCAGUUUGAUGUUUGAGCAAUUCUUGGCAAGGGACCGCCUGGACCGUGACAUAUGGACGCAGGUGAACAUCCCCAGCUUCGUGACGGCGGCGGUGGAGAGCGUCAAGCACAUGACAUUGACGUCAUGCCUGAACCUGCACCCAGAUUUGACCCGAGGGAAACCGUCCCCGCUCUCCCGCUUGGAAAAGACGGUGGAGUCUUUGACGUUGAGGUGUGCCAACACCACCCUCUCCCCGAUGGCUGAAAAAAGUCUGUUUGUGCUGCUGCAUCGCUUUUUGGAGCACGGCGCGGUCAAACACCUCACCCUGGCCUCAGGGUUUCUUAAAUAUGUGCCUUGGCUGGUACCUAAAAGCUUUGAACAUAAAUAUCAUUUAAAUGACUUGUUUGGCAAACCUUCAACCAAAGAUGGUCCCGUGGCCAAAUUCCGCAGGUUGAACAAUUCAAGGGACCCGUGGCCGGACGCGAUCAAUUGCUGCAAGAAGGCCUGGCCGGGUUUGAAGAUCCAAAGUCUGGAACUACACGAGGGUUUUGUCCGAGGGAAAUGGGGAUGCGAGAUGGAAGAGCUCAUCAGAUUUCUGCCCAGUUUUAAAAACCUCACUGCUCUGACUCUGCGUAGCGAAAGCCCCAUUAGGUUCCAUGUUUUGGAGGAACUAAAAGAUGUUUUCAGGGGGGCUAGGGGGGAAGGGGAUUGUCGCCUCCGCCUUUGCCGUCUAUCCAUCAGCGUGAUGGAGAGUCCGUGGCUGCUACCAAAAUUCGUGAAGGCUUGCAAACAGCUGAGGGAGCUGGACGUUGAAACCGGGAGUAAAGCGAUGGUGUACCACAGAGUGACGGGUAAAGGUAAAGCACUGGAGCGCCUUUCCAUCUGUAUGGACAGGCAAAAGAUAAAACCCGACUUCCUGUUGGACACCUUGCGCAUGUGCCCGCGUUUGGUGUCGCUGCACGUCUCGUGUAUGUAUCUGUCCUACCUACGCUCUCAAAAGGAACUCCUCAACACACUGGCAGAAUCCAACGUUGCCCUGACGCAUCUCAGCUUGAUGGACCUCAAAUUGUCCGACUGUACGGCGGAACUCGUCAACCUGAUCAACGUCUGCAAGCUGGAAGAAGUAACUAUUGAAGACUGUCGCCUUCUGGAAACCUCAACCAACAAGAGCGAGACUUUGCAUCAGCUGGCUGCCGCCCUAACGAAGCUACCUUCCCUGCGCAAGCUCUGCUUGGCUCGCAACCGCUUAUCCACCGACGUGAACCAACUCUCUCAACUCUUUUCCGGACCCGCCUCCGCCUCGCUGGAGUCCAUCGAUAUCAGGGCCAACUACAUCCUCGACUCGAACUUUGAGCCCUUCGCCGAGGCCUUGAUUUCGCGACCGACUCCGCGCCGACUCACCCUUGACCUCAGGGAAAAUCCAAUAAGUGAGGACUUGCCCGCGCUGGUCAGGCUUCGCCCUUUUUGUCACAUCCUGAUCGGCAAGUGGCGCCCGGGCCUCGCCAUGGCCGAUUACGUCGCCAACAUGUAACGCCCAGGUACUCCAGACUCACCGCUGUUCCAGCUAUUGAGUCAGGCCACCAUUAAGCGGAUAAAAUUUCCAGGGCGGAGCAAGCCACAGCAAACAGACAGCGGAGUGGCCCAAUCAGCGACGGACGGGACGAGGGACAAAACAUACGAGGAGAGCGGAGUUUAUUCAACAUGGCUAGUGUGAGACAGACUGUUGUCAAUGACUUGUGUCGAUGUGUUUUUGGUCAUUUAAAACUGAUUUUACCGUGGAUUGGAACAUAUUCUCGGCUCUCCUGUUUGCCAUCUGUGUUAUGGUGGAGGCGACUUCCGACGCGGAAGAGUGAAGUUGCUCGUUAAGAACACGUCAAAUAAACGAAUCUGAUUUGUCGAUUGAUUUUGUACUUGCUCGAGAAGCCGUUAAUGGGCUGGCAGACUAUACUCUCAGUGUUUGCAAAAACACAGGGAGAACAGUCUGGCCGUGCCAGGCAAGUGUUCCCCCACCCCCGACAAAAGACAGACGACAGAAACGUCACCGGAGUACCGAAAAAAAGGACUUCUGCUGAAAAGUGGCUGCAGGAUGUACCAUGGCGAGAAGCAAAUGAUGCUCGCACGGGAAUGUGGUACAAAAUUUGCCGUGAGAAUCCCGAGUGUCGCUGAUAAAAGCAGCGCAUUUUAUGUAGAGUUAAAGAAUUUCAGCCAUCCAAACUUUGAAAAGCACGAAAAAACCAGCAUGUGGCAAUUAAGCAAACUAUCGAUGUCAGACAGCACCCCACUCGCCCUAUGGACAAGUGGCGGAAUAAAGUUAAUGAAGACCAGCGCCAUGCACUGACAAACGUGUUUUUGCUCUCAUUUCACAAAGCUAAACAUGCACGUUCAAUGAGCUCUUAUGAGGAGGACAUCCCACUUUUACAAGGGCUUGGAGUUAAUGUGGGCGCCGCAUAAUGCCCUUUAUUUUGAAAUAGUGCUUUUAUGUUUAUUUCUUUACAUUUCACUUCAAAGUAAUGGCAAUUUUGUUGUGCCAGUUGAUGAUAAUCAAGCAUUAAUUGUUAAUAUAAUUAAUUAAAGGUAAUUGGUUCUA